AUGUCUCAUGAACGCAGCACGCCAUCUCCCGGAUCAGAGGAUUUUGCGUCUUCGCCUUCACCUUCUUCUUCUCCGCGCUCUUUCAGCAGUGCUUCAAGCUUUAUACCCGAACAGGAACAUGUCCCACUCACAGCGAUGGAGAGGUUUGUUCUGGGGAGGUCGGAUUCCACUUUCCAUGCGAUGGCGGGUGCGAUAGGGGGGUUUACUUCGGGGGUUGUUACAUGCCCAUUGGAUGUGAUAAAGACAAAGUUACAGGCACAAGGGGGGUUUAGGGCGGCAGCAGCAGCGGCGGCGGCAGGGUCGACGACUACUCCAUCCGCUACACAUCCGGUGUAUCGGGGCAUGCUGGGGACUGCAAAAAUCAUAUGGAGUGAGGAGGGCUUGAGGGGAAUGUAUAGAGGGUUGGGCCCGAUAAUAUUGGGAUAUUUACCGACAUGGGCGGUUUGGUUUACGGUUUAUGGGGAAUCCAAGGAGUUCUUCGGAAAGCAUUACGACAACGUCAACGUCAUCAACUUCUGCUCGUCGAUUGUAGCGGGAGCCUCCUCAACCAUGGUUACCAACCCAAUCUGGGUAAUCAAGACUCGCCUGAUGUCACAAGUAAACGAAAACUCAAAUGGAGCUCGACCUCCCUGGCACUACCGCUCAACGUUCGAUGCCGCAAGGAAAAUGUAUAGAACGGAAGGGAUGUUGUCCUUUUACUCGGGCCUGACACCGGCUCUUCUGGGCUUGACACACGUUGCUGUACAGUUUCCUGCAUAUGAGUAUCUCAAGCGGAAGUUCACGGGCCAAGGCAUGGGUAUGUCCUCUGGGAGCGAAGGCGAGAGUCAAUGGGUUGGUGUUCUCUCAGCAAGUGUACUCAGCAAGGUCAUGGCCAGUUCAGCCACAUACCCUCAUGAAGUUAUCCGCACGAGGCUACAAACCCAACAGCGGUCAAUGCCCGCAGCAUCCCUAGAGUACGCCGCAUUCCGUGGAGGGCUAGAGGGGUCUUCACACUACAAACCCACCGAAAUAGCCAAGGCAAUAGUACCACGCUAUAAAGGGAUUGUCACAACAUUUAAAACAAUAUUAAGGGAGGAAGGCUGGCGCGCUUUCUAUGCCGGUAUGGGAACCAAUAUGAUGCGGGCGGUCCCCGCAGCUACGACCACAAUGCUCACAUAUGAGUAUAUCAUGAGAUAUCUUAACCACACGAAGGAAGAAGCGUCUUCAAAAUUAAGAGCACAGGGUGGAUAA